UCUCGGCUACUACUACUACUACUUAUACCCGCGUCUUCUUCAUCACUCUUAAAAACAAAAUCUUAAUUAAUUAAAACACUAAUCUUUCGCCAUUAAUCUCAUUAAAUCCGACAAGACGACAAUGAUGCAAUCCCAAUGCGUAUACGCUUGAGCAAAGAAACAAAAAAAAGAAAAGUGAUUUUAGAAAGAGCAGCAACGGAAUCGAAUCAGCAUCGGUCGAUCUCUCAAAGGAAGCAAAUAAUGGUUAAAGGAGGAAGGAAGAUGAUGAUGAUGUUACUACUACUUGUUCUUCAGAUAGUGGUGGCGGUUACGGCGGCGAAUGUAACGUACGACCACCGUGCUUUAGUAAUCGAUGGGAAACGGAAGAUUCUGAUCUCUGGCUCUAUUCAUUAUCCUCGGAGUACUCCUGAGAUGUGGCCAGACCUGAUACAGAAAUCAAAAGACGGUGGUUUAGAUGUUAUCGAGACGUACGUCUUCUGGAGUGGUCACGAACCGGAGAAAAACAAGUAUAAUUUUGAAGGAAGAUACGAUUUAGUGAAAUUUGUCAAGUUAGCUGCUAAAGCUGGUCUCUAUGUUCAUCUACGAAUUGGUCCUUACGUCUGUGCUGAAUGGAAUUACGGUGGUUUCCCAGUGUGGCUGCAUUUCGUACCUGGAAUUAAGUUUCGAACUGAUAAUGAGCCAUUUAAGGCGGAAAUGCAGAGAUUUACCACCAAGAUUGUUGAUUUGAUGAAGCAAGAAAAGCUUUAUGCAUCACAAGGAGGUCCAAUCAUUCUCUCUCAGAUUGAGAAUGAAUACGGGAAUAUUGACUCAGCGUAUGGUGCUGCUGCGAAAAGUUAUAUCAAGUGGUCUGCUUCUAUGGCUCUUUCACUAGAUACUGGAGUACCUUGGAACAUGUGUCAGCAAGCAGAUGCUCCUGAUCCCAUGGUGAGUUUCUAA